AUUGUCCACACAAAGACAGCUUUAGCUCUGAAUUUCAGAGUUUUUGGGUUCUUUCAAUGGUCUCCUCCAUUUUAAGAAAGAGCAGCAAAUAAGCAGCUCCUGAACUGUUGAAUUUUGGAAUAAGCUUUGGCUUUUGAUCGAUCAAUUCCAUUCCUCAAAUUCAGGGUAUAAGUGAAAAAAUCAUGACACCGACUAACGGUGGAUUGGAUGGAACCGUCAAAAGAAGAGGGUGUGCAUGUAGUAAAGAAGAUUUCUUACCAGAGGAAUCAUUUCAAAGCUGGGGUAACUAUGUAAAAGCAAUGAAGCAAACAGGACCCAGGUUCAUUAACAGAGUCACAACUCGCUCACUAGAUGCAACUGAGCUGAAUGAAGUUAAAGGACAGAGUGGGAACGAAAUGAAGAAAACACUUAACUGGUGGGAUUUGAUGUGGUUUGGCAUAGGAGCUGUAAUUGGUGCCGGUAUAUUUGUAUAUACAGGUCUUGAAGCUAAAAGUAGUGCUGGUCCAGCCGUGGUUCUCUCUUACGUUGUCUCCGGAAUUUCAGCCAUGCUUUCUGUCUUCUGUUAUACUGAAUUUGCUGUUGAAAUCCCAGUUGCAGGUGGCUCAUUUGCAUAUUUGAGGGUUGAGCUAGGAGACUUCAUGGCCUUCAUUGCAGCUGGUAAUAUUCUUCUCGAGUACGUCAUUGGGGGAGCUGCAGUGGCACGUUCAUGGACGUCUUAUUUCGCCACACUUUUGAAUCACAACCCUGAGGAUUUUCGUAUAAGAGUCCACAACCUCCCCGAUGAUUAUGGCCAUCUUGACCCUGUCGCUGUUGGUAUUACCAUGAUCAUCUGUGUUCUUGCGGUUAAAAGCACCAAAGGUUCAUCUCGUUUUAACUACGUUGCCUCAAUCAUCCACGUCGUAGUUAUUCUCUUUAUUAUUAUCGCUGGUCUUACGAAAGCCGACUUAAAAAACUAUUCUAGUUUCGCUCCUUUUGGUGCUCGUGGAGUUUUCAAGGCAUCGUCUGUUCUGUUCUUCGCUUACGUUGGAUUCGAUGCGGUCUCAACCAUGGCAGAGGAAACGAAAAAUCCUGGUCGUGAUAUCCCAAUUGGUCUAGUAGCUUCGAUGGUAAUUACUACUGUAGCCUACUGUUUACUUGCCAUCACUUUAUGUUUAAUGCAGCCUUAUUAUGAGGUCGAUGUCGAUGCUCCCUAUUCAGUUGCGUUCACUGCUGUUGGAAUGGAUUGGGCAAAGUAUAUUGUAGCUGCUGGAGCACUGAAAGGCAUGACAACUGUUUUACUUGUUGGUGCUGUGGGUCAGGCUCGGUAUUUGACACACAUUGCUCGUACACAUAUGGUACCUCCAUGGUUAGCAAACGUAAAUGAGAAAACAGGCACACCCGUGAAUGCUACCAUUGUUAUGCUAGUUGCGACUGCUAUUGUUGCCUUCUUCACCAGUCUCCCAAUCCUCUCCAAUCUUCUGUCUAUCUCUACACUCUUCAUUUUCUCCCUUGUUGCUGUUGCACUUCUUGUUCGUAGAUAUUACGUAACAGAUGUAACUACAACAACCAAUCGUAACAAACUACUUUUGUGCCUUGUCCUUAUAAUUUCCUCCUCGAUUGCCAAUGCUUUAUAUUGGGCUCUAGACGGGAGUGGCUGGAUUGCUUAUGCGAUUUCAGUGCCUAUUUGGUUCUUAGCAACUCUUGGGUUAAGAAUUUUUGUACCACAAGCUAGGGAACCAAAAUUAUGGGGAGUUCCUUUAGUUCCAUGGCUUCCGUCUGCAUCAAUUGCGAUUAAUAUUUUCUUAUUGGGUUCCAUCGAUGGAAUGUCGUAUGUCAGAUUUGCAGGUUGGACUGGCUUUCUCUUGAUCUACUAUGUGUUUUUUGGUCUACAUGCUUCAUAUGACACGGCAAAAGAAGCUGGAGAAAAGAAGAUUGAGAAUGCUAAGGUUGAUGGUGUCUAAAUAUAGAAUAUCCGGAAAAACAUACUAAAAUGAAUAAUUAGGGUAAGAAUCAAGUCAGUAAGAAUCAUUAGUGGCAGUGUAUAAAGUAUGAGAUUGUUGAGCUUAAUUGUUAUUUGAAUUUAGUUUCUUGUUUUUAUGAAUUGUCUAUGGAGAAAUUUUCAUGCAUUGUGUAUACAAAUCCGAAGGUUCAAAAACUUCAUGU